AUGGAUGAGCCAAAUCAUCUGGACGGCUUGUGCACGUUAUGCCGGAACUUCUGCCAGCAUGGACUCGAACGCCUACUCAGGACACCACUGGAUGAGCAACCUACUCCGCUGCAUCAUCAUUUGACAUUGGCAGCACUACAGCAGUCCGCUACCUUAGGCUGCCGAUUAUGCCAUACCUUCGGGAAAGCGUUCCUUGCCAGGAACUAUCGCUCUCGUCAGAUCGACGUCCACCAGUGGACCCAGAAGCUCGAUGAUCGAUGCAGUGGCUACGCAUUUCAGAUUAGCCUAGGCUGGUUGGCUCCAUCUGGCAUUCCCACACAGCAGUCUCCAGGCGGUCAAAAUCUGGUGAGAGCGGCAGACAAGAUAGUCUUUUACCGUCAUCAAGCAUCGGACUUCGAGGUGGACGACGAUGACGAGCUCGCACGGGAGCUAUGGAUGCUCGACGAUACCACAACGGCAGCCCACAGACCAAUCAUGCCGGAUGUUGAUUGGGAGAUUCCUCGAAAAUGGAUUCUUGCUUGUUCCCGAGAUCAUCAAGCUUGUCGUGGCCGGGGAAUGGGAUGUUUGCCAUUCCGUAUACUAGAUGUCACUUCCAUUGAUAACCUGCGCCUUGUUGAGUCUUCAGACGAGCGGGCGGAGUACGUGACGCUCAGCCAUCGAUGGGGCAGUAACUCUCCUCGUAUCACUACCAAAGCAACAUUAGAUGGCAACCUCAAGGGCAUCACCAUGACUUCGCUUCCCAGAAUGUUCCAGGAUGCAGUCACGGCGACCCGAACGCUAGGCUACCAAUAUCUUUGGAUCGACAGCAUUUGCAUUGUUCAGGACGAUCCCGCAGACUGGCGGCAACAGUGUGCGAGGAUGCACGAAAUAUACUGGCACGCCGCUGUAUGCAUUGCGUGUCCCGGCAGCGCUAACGCUUCGGAUGGUUUCCUGCACCCUAGAGCCUCCAAGCCAGGCGCCACCACCAUCCCAUACUACACUACGGCAGAUCGUGUCGGCGAGUGUCAACUCCGCAUCGUAUCCUUUGCGACCGAGACCGAGAGAGCCGCUGAUGACCUGGGCAGACGCAAGCCGCACAGCAAACAUGACCAUCUCAGAGGUCGUGCGUGGUGCAUGCAGGAGCGCCUAAUGCCAUCUCGCGUACUCUACUUCGGUACCGAUCAGAUGGCCUUCGAAUGCAAUACCAUGUACCAGUACGAAGACCAUCGCCUGCCCUUUCCGAAUGGCGGCUACGAGGACAAUCUACCGAAAGACGUCCUGACUCAAGCGUACAGUUCUGGCGGAUUCUCCGUGUGGCACGACAUUGUCGAACACUACACUAAGUGUAGCCUAACUCGCGCCGAGGACAUAUUGCCGGCAUUAUCUGGGGUCGCCGCAUUCUACUCCAGCAGGCUUCUGGACUCAGAAUAUGUAGCGGGUAUCUGGCAGGCUGAUCUACCAGACGGGCUACUCUGGUUCCGUGCUUGGGAUUCCGAUUGGUGGUGGGAGGAGCCUAGCACACGGCCGGAGGACUUACCUCGCCCGAUGAUAGCUGCUGAUGGGGUCCUACCUGGCUGGUCAUGGGCAUCUUGCCGCUAUCCGAUCAGCUACGACGACCUGCGCCACUACAGCAAGACGAAGAACGAGAGCGAACACAGCGUUGCCGACUGCGAGAUCCUUAACGUGACGACCAACCUUACCGGUGAAGAUCCUCAUGGUGAAGUCAGCGGGGGCGACCUUCACUUACGAGGCAAGCUCAAGCGGUGUUUCUUCCGCUACCGUAAAUGUCGCACUUUCAUCCUCGAAGCCAUCCACGACGAGGACGGAAACAUCCUUGCGACGAAUGACUUAGCUCUCGCCUCCAAUUACACGGAUCCCGAUGACCCUGGCAUCGCAAUGGCGAGUCCACCAGAAGUGCUGGUUCUGAGUAUGCAGUUCCGACUUGACGAACAUGAGCUUCCAUUGAGUCCUUCCGUCCAAGCCAAGCAGAAUGAUGAGCUGGAUGAGGUUUGGUGUUUCUUGGUCUCUGCAUCUGCAGUACUGGUGCUCAGGCCCUCGGUCGACCAGUCAGGGUGUUUCAUCCGCAUUGGACUUCUGAAACAGCAGUGGGAUCCUAGUCUGGAUGUGCUGUUUACUACAGCCGACAAACAGGACGUCCACAUCGUGUAG